AUGGAAAAACUCGAAACAAAUAAAAAAUCAACAAAGAGAGUGAAACCCUACGAUAAAGAUUUAUUGUAUGAACAGGUCAAAACCGUCAGCAAGAACGUGGAGGACGAUGUAUUAGCCCAUUGUCGUCUAAUAGAGGAACCAGACUAUAUUGGAAAAAGUCCUGCAAUACGUUCUAGUACCGAAGCCUCCUCUAGCAGUAUUUACAUUAACAUUGAGAAAGAGGAACCAACUGACAACAUUCACUUUCCGAUGCUGACCAUGGAUCCACAUCACGUGUGGAUAUUGAAGAGUGGAACAAGUAAUAUACGAGUUUU